AUGCCGCCCGCAAGGGGAGAGGCGGAUGGCCAAUCAUCUGCUGCUGCCUCCUCGUCGUCCUCGUCCUCCCUCCUCCUCCCCUUUGCCCGCACCCUCAUCCGCUCCCUCGUCCCUGCAGACGACGAGCCCCUAGACGAAGGGGACGCUCUCCUCAUCCUAGCCCGGGGUCUUGGACUGCGCACAAUCGUGGCUCACAUCCUCAAAAUCUACGACGCCCCCACCAACCUCGUUCUCCUCGUCAACGCGCAGGGGAGCGAGGAGGCCGGUCUCUCCGAGGAGCUGACCACGCUGGGCGUGCGCAAACCCGGGUUGAGAGCCGUAGGGUAUGAGACGAGUCAGGCGAAGAGGAAAGGGAUGUACGCCCAGGGAGGGCUACUGAGCGUUACGAGUCAGAUCUUGAUUACGGACAUGUUGAAUGAGACGGUGCCCAUUGAGCUGGUUACGGGCAUCGUCUUUCUGCACGCAGAGAGCGUUACGCCCGAGUCGAAUGAGGCAUUCAUUGCGGGAGUUUACAGGGAUCGUAAUCAGGACGGCUUCCUCAAAGCCUUCUCGGACAACGUAACCCACUUCUCCCUCGGCCUCGCCCCACUCCAGACCGUCCUCACAAAGCUGCGCAUCAGGCGAGUGGACCUCUACCCUCGUUUCCACAAAAGCGUCAUCCGCGAUCUAGGCCAACGCAAGGCAGACGUCGUCGAGCUGCACCAACCUCUGAGUCGCUCGAUGCGCAUGAUCCAAACGGCCAUAGUCGAGUGUCUUGAGGCCACCCUCACCGAGCUCAAGAAGGCCGUCGCCACCCUAGACGUAGGUGGCGGCGACGACGAUGGUGGGUAUUCGGUGGAAAAUGCGCUAUUCCUCGCCUUCGACUACUUGGUGGAUCGACAGCUCCAGCCCGUCUGGCACACGCUGAGCGCAAAGACUCGUCGACUCGCGCGCGACCUCAAGGAGCUACGAAGCCUCCUCGAUUACCUCAUCUCUUAUGACGCAGUCGACUUUCAUGAGUACCUCGAGAUGUCGAGGGGCGCGGCGGUAGGGGCUGGGGGAGAGCAGCCUUACUGGUGGAACCUCGAGGCAAGCAACGUCGUCUUCAACACAGCGAGGGCGCGCGCUUAUCUGGGUAAAGUAGACUCGAACGCCACUACCACUGAGCCCCGAGUGCAGCACGGAGAUGGGGCUGGGGGCGUGGACGAGGAUGAAGACGAGAUCGAAGCGGCUGGCGGUGCUGCUGCUUCCUCCUCUCACGCAUGGGCGCCCAAAUGGCUCCCACCGGGCAUCACCCCCGUAUUGGAGGAACAGCCCAAAUGGCAUCUCCUACGGGAGGUCCUAGACGAGAUAGAGCAACACCUUUCCUUCACAGAGGAGAAGGACAUUUCCCCCAACAACACGAUCCUCAUCAUGACAAAUGGGCAACGCAGCGCGCGGCAGGUUCGGUGGUUCCUCUCGAGUAUGGGGGCACUCAAGGUGGGGCAGGAGCAGGUGGAGGAGGAAGGGGGAGAGUUUGUACCGGGUCGCAAGAUGUUACGCCAGAAGCUGAGGGGACAUUUUGAGCACAAGGCUGCCGUUGGGCGGCUCAAUGCUAAUCUGAAGCUGGCCAAUCAGGGCAAGGUAGCUCCCAUUGCCAAGGGGAGCGGGCCGAGCGUGGCGACUAAUACCGCUAUGAGCGAUGCGUUGAAGCGCAAGGAGGUGUGGGAGAGAGGGGCGGGCCCUCCGAAUAAGCGGAGGAGACAGAGAGGCGGGGGGAUGGUUGGGAGUGGUAGUGGUGGUGGUGGGGGCCGGGGAGCGAAUGGGAACGAGACGCCAAAUGACGCUCUUGAGGGGGAGGCGGCAGAUGUUGCUGGGUUCUAUGAGCGGGCAAUGGGCAUCGUUGCCGAGCACGAAGACGAAGACGACGAGGCGGGGCAAGAUGGGGAGGGCUUGAUGCGAGCUGCAGCAGAGGAGGUCGACGACGACGACGACGGAAUCACUGCAAUCCCGGAUGAAGCCCAAGCUGUAGCAGCAGCAUCGACAUCCGCUCUCCCCCCGCUCGACCAUCUAGAAGGGGAUCAAGCCGCCUUCACCCAAGUAGACUUCGACAACUACUUCGGCGUUCUCGACACAGACUCCCUCGUUAUCAUCCGCCCCUACCGCAACGACGACGACGACAAUGUCCUCCGCGAACUCCGGCCGCGCUUCAUCAUCAUGUACGAUCCGGACCCUUCCUUCGUCCGGCGUGUAGAGCUCUAUCGCGCCAGUACGGUGGGCGCGAACCCUCGGGUGUACUUUCUCCUGUACGCCGAGAGUGUAGAGGAGCAGCGCUACUUGAGUAGUCUGCGAAGGGAGAAGGAGGCCUUUGAGAAGUUGAUCAGGGAGAAGAGCAUUAUGGCCUUGCCGAUCCAGGAUGGGCGCCCCGCCCAGGAAGAUGGGAAUGAUCGAUUACUCCGCAGUAUCAACUCUCGCAAUGCUGGGGGGCAACGCGGCGUCACCUCUCUUCCGCCGACGAUCGUGGUGGACAUGCGAGAGUUCAAGAGCUCCCUCCCUCCCAUGCUCUACGCUGCUGGAAUCAAAGUCGUGCCCUGCACCCUCCAGGUCGGUGACUACAUCCUCAGCCCAGAGAUGUGCGUCGAGCGUAAGAGCUUGCCCGACCUCAUCCAGUCCUUCAACUCGGGGAGACUCUACGCUCAAUGCGAGACAAUGAGCGUGCACUACCUUCACCCUAUCCUCCUCAUCGAGUUCCCGCAGGAUAAGGCCUUCGCCAUGCAAAGCAUGGUAAAGACGCCCGCCGGCGGCGGCGGAGGCGGCGGUGGUUCCUCAUCCUCUUCCUCGUCUUCCACGACUACAAGCAAGGGAAGCGGCUCAAACGCAAAGGAUCCGACGGAAAUCGACGUACAGACCAAGCUGGUUAUGCUAACCAUCUCCUUCCCGCGUCUGAGGAUCAUUUGGUCCUCCUCCCCCUACCAUACGGCGGAUAUAUUCUCCGAGCUAAAGACUACCUACGAUGAACCCGACCCGGUCAAGGUGGCGGCUAUCGGGCUCAGCACGACGAGCGGCGAAGGAGCAGGGGCAGGGGCGGGAGGGGCAGGAGGGGCAGGAGUGGCAGGGACGGGCGAGUAUGAAUCCUCGUUCAACCUCACGCCGCAGGAUAUGCUUCUUGCCAUGCCUGGGAUAACGACGAAGAAUGUGCGACAUGUCAUGAAUAGCGUGCGCGAUCUGCGAGAGCUUUGCGCGGGGGUUGGAGAUGGUGAGGAAGAGGAGGAAGAGGGCGAGGGCGAGGGGUUGGAAGAGGCGGAUAUACAGGAGUUGAUUGGGACGGAGCCUGGACGGGCACUUUGGGGAUUUAUUACUAGGGAUCUCAAUGGGGGGAAGAAGCGCGGUAGAGGGUCAGGAAGAGGGAGAGGUGGGACACGAGCAGGAAGGGGAGGAGCGACGGCGGGCAACGCGGUAUCGCGAUCGCGAUGA